UUUACCACAGGUUGAGAAUAGGUUAGGUGAUAACUGAGUCUUACAUUUUAGAUUUUACUCUGGUUCUUAAUUUCUUAAAACAGUUUAAGGUUUAAACUCUCGUGACUUAUGUUCAUCGUCCGAAGUGUUCCAAGUUUUAACAAUAAUACUAUAAAUUAUAACUGAAAGACUUUUGUCUUGUCAUUCAGCAUUCUACCAGUCAGCCACACGGCCGCUGUUUCAUUGAUUAUUGUUGAAUUCAUAUUUUUGUUUAUUUGUAAGUUUUUAAUUCCGAAUUAACCAUACUCUCGUUUCUGACCUUCAAUCUUACACCUAUAUCACUUUACAAGUGAAUUUGUUCAAUGUCUUCAAAAAAAGUAUUUAAUGUCAAAGACAAAGUCUUUGCAAAAAUACGAGGUUAUCCAGCUUGGCCAGCAAUAAUAUCUGGUGUUAAAGUUGAUACUCCAUCACGACAAAGGUAUAAUGUUUAUUUUUAUGGAACUGGUGAACGUGCUGAAUGUAAAUCAGAAGAACUCUUUCCGUAUGAAGAAAACAAGUCAAAGCUAGGAAAACCAAAUAAACGUAAAUAUUUUGCUGAAGCUUUAUUACAAAUAGAGGAUGAUGAUGAAAGUCCAGUUCUUCCUGAAGCGGAUCCAAAAGUACUCGUAACACCAAGUAACACUAGUCUCUUAGAACAAGAAUCACCUAAAGAUGAAUCCGAAAACGAUAAUGAAGUUGAAAAAUUAAAUGAAUCUAAAUUAGAAAGUGAAGAAAAAUUAACAAUCGAUGAAUCUACUUUGUCUAAGGGAAAAAAAGUUGUUGCAUCCAGAAAGAGUUUGGGUCUCUCAAUUUCUAAAGGAACAAAAAGGAAAAUAUCUGAUGUAAAACCUGAAGCACCUCCGAAGAAAUCUAUGUCAAAUAAACCAAAAAUCUUGGAAAGUUUAAACCUUAAACAAAGACGCUUAACAAUAUUGGUGGAACCAUUGGAAAAGGGUUUAGUAGAAAGAGCAAUUAGUACACAGCAGAAAUUGGAGCGGACUGCUGAUAAAAAUGAUAGUGUUGAUGAAAAAGUUUCUGAAACAGAUAAACAAUCAGAAACUCCUAAUAAAACUGAAUCUGCUCUUGAAACUAGUGAUGUAUUGUUGGAUUCCAGUAAAUCAAUAAAAUCCUUGUCAAAAAUAAAGAAUAGUCCUACAUCAAGUAGUGAAAUUUCUUCCACCAAUAGUGUAAAUGUAGGACAUGUAUCACGCUCUGGUCGUAAAAUCAAGCCAAAAAAAUAUUCUGAUUAUGAAAAUGAAUCAGAGGCGCCAAAACGUUCAAGAUUAAGUAAAGAAAAUUCCAAAAAUUCAGAAAAACAUAAUAGUAGCAAUAAUGAAACAGACUCAUCAGAACCAAAUUCUAAAACAAAAGAUACAAAUUCAGAAACAAGAAAGACAUCUAAAAGCCAUGCGUCAGGAUCAGUACCACAUAUAAAUUCUUUACCAGCGAGUAAAGAUAUGGAGCAAAUUGAUGGUGACAUUUCUGAAGACAGCGAACUUCCGGUGGUAAUAAAAGAUCUCAUGGUAGGUGCUUUGUCAAACAUAGAAACUGGUUGGAUAAAAGCUGGUCCAAAAAAAAUAACUAAAAUUGAUAUAUUACAUACCGAAGUUGAUCUGUUAGAUUAUAUUCAUAAAUUACGCAUGGCUUUACGAACUGAUCAUGCUGAUUAUGGAGUAGCAUUAGAGUUAUUGGAGCACAUUAUUGAACUACAAGUUAAUGCAUUAAUGUUAAAAAAACAUCAAGAAAUUGUGGAUACAAUUAAAGCACUAACAAGAUACACUGGUAAUGCAAAAGAAUGGAAUCUUAAUGAAGAGGAAACUAUUUUACAUAACGAAAAGUCAGCCCUAAUUCGACGUAAGGCUGAAAUAAUAUUUAAUAAAUUUAUAUCAUUGUUCACUGUAUCUGAUGGGCAAUCAUUCGAAGAGAUAUUUAACAAAGAAGUUGAAGACUUUUUUACAAAGACUAAACAUUUGGCUUGUGAUCAGAUAUAUGGGCUUACUUCAGAUAAGGACUAUAAUUAAUUUUUCUUACUAUUUAAAAAUUCAAACAAUCAACAUUUUUUUUAUUGUUACAAAACAAUUGUAUAAUGAUCUACUAGUAUUCCGCAACUAUUAUAAUAUUUUUUUUUGACACUAUAUUGGUUACAUUCUUUUGUAUCCAUUAUUAUAAGUUUUUAUUAAUAAUACUUAAUACAUUUUUAGUGUUCAUUUAUCAAUUUAGUAACUGUUAAGUACCUAAUAUAAUUUAUAGUAUAGUAGUAAUUUUCCAUUACAUAAUCACAUAUAAGUAAAUUUUUCAAACUAAUUAUGUAUAAUUUUUAUAAUAACAAUUUUGCUUCCAUUUAAUUGAUAAUAGAUUACAUUUCAUUUUUAUUAUAUAUAUGUUAAGAACUAUUAUAUAAGUGAAUUAAAAACUAAACAAUCAGAAUAGUUAAUUGAUAAUAAAUUAUACAAGGAGAUUUUAUAGAUACAGACUAAGAAUAACUAUUAACGAAGAUGAAAACUAUUACAUUAAUAAUUGAUAUAGUGCACAGUAUUGCAGUAUUUAGUCUAUGUAAAACUAUAUAGUAUAAUAUACUUUUUUUCAAUAAA